AUGCCCGGAGACAAAUCGAACACAGCCGUCGUCGUCCGCGUCCCCGACGGCCAAUCCCCAAAGCUUUCUAAAGAGGACAUCCGGAUCCCAUCCCCGGAAUCGAACCAGGUACUUGUUAAGAUAUCGCAUGUUGCGCAGAAUCCUACUGAUGUCCAAGCCUUCGACUCCAACGCAUUCGGCGACGGAGCCGUCCUCGGAUGCGAUUUCGUUGGUGAAGUCGUUGAACUGGGAAAUGGUGUUACCCGCUAUGUGAAGGGGGAUGUUAUUGCGGGGUUGGUGUGGGGAGGUGAGAUCAAAGGCCUAGGCGGGUACAGCCAGUACUGUCUAGCCGACGAACGCAUCUCGUUCAAGGUCCCUGGCGCUCUUUCUCGUGAACAUGCUAGUACUGUUCCGCUGGCAUCGGCAACGGCGUGGCUUGCACUGUUCUCAAAGGAUUGUCUUGCCAUUGAUAGGUCAAGCGGUGCUACUGUGUUGGUUUGGGGUGGUAGCUCAAGCGUCGGCCUCUACGCCAUCCAACUCGCCACAAUUACCGGCCUGAAUGUAGUAACAACAUGCAGUCCCAAACACGCCGAUCUGGUCCGCUCCUACGGCGCCAAGCACAUCUUCGACUACAAGGAUCCGCAGUUCGUUGAGAAAAUCAAGAAAGCCGCCCCUGGUUUGAAAUACGUCUUUGAUACGAUCGGGCAGUCGACUUCGUCUGCGACUGCUUCGAAUUUACUCGCUGGAAACGGGGGUCUUUGUACUGUGCGGCCUGGGAAGGCGAACACGGAGAAUGUGGCCGACGGUACCAAGGUUACUGAUGUGUUGGUUUGGACGGCUUUCUUGAAGGAUCAUGCGUAUGGGGAGUUUAAGUGGCCUGCUUCGAAAGCGGAUCACGAACUCUGCAGUGAGCUGCUUGAGAAGGUCCCCGAGUGGUUGGAUAAAGGUGUUGUUAAGCCUAGUAACCCUAAGGUAUUGUCUGGUUUGGAUAAGGUUGGCGAUGGAUUUCAGGAGUAUCGGGAUGGGAAGAUUUCGGCUUAUAAGAUUGUUUAUAAGGUUUGAGGUGGCAUUUUGGAUAUAGAUAGGAGGGAGAGCGCUACUUUUGUGAAUGAAUAGAAUAAUGUGUCUGGUAGUCGUUAUGCAACCCUGUAUACAGUGGUUACAGCUUCCUGGUGGAAUUGAUGACUGUCCUGGAU